CCCGAGAGUAAAAGAGUAAAGAGUAAGUAGAAGUAGAGAGUAGAGAGAAAAGUGGAUUUCCCAAAAUGUCACUACUCUCAACUCUUCUUACUCUUCUUCUUCUUCACUCUCUCAUGAUCUCGGUCAAAAUUUAAUAAAGAUCUGCUUCUUCUGUUCAUUAGGGUUUCUUCUUCUGGCAACUGUAAUUUUGGUGGUUGAGGUUAGGGUUUCUUAAAUAUUAAAAAAAGAUGUACUCCUGCUCAGUGCUGAUGACUGGGUUUGGAUGAACCGAUAUUAUUAGAGGUUUUAGUUCCUUUAUUAUAUAAUAACCAUUGAUUUCUUUGGCUUUUUCAACAAUGAGACUCUCUUCUUCCUCCGCUGCCUUCAAUCAACACUCUCAGGAAGGGGAGAAGAAAUGCUUGAAUUCCGAGCUAUGGCAUGCAUGUGCAGGCCCUCUGGUGUCUCUGCCUCCUGUUGGAAGCCGUGUGGUCUACUUUCCUCAGGGUCAUAGCGAGCAGGUUGCUGCUUCAACCAACAAGGAAGUGGAUGCACAUAUUCCCAAUUACCCUAACCUGCCCCCACAACUUAUUUGUCAGCUUCACAAUGUGACCAUGCAUGCAGACGUGGAGACAGACGAAGUAUAUGCUCAAAUGACCUUGCAACCGCUGAGUCCGCAAGAGCAAAAGGAUGUAUAUCUACUGCCUGCAGAAUUGGGUACUCCCAGCAAACAGCCAACCAACUAUUUCUGUAAAACAUUAACUGCAAGUGAUACUAGCACUCAUGGAGGAUUCUCUGUUCCUCGCAGGGCAGCUGAAAAAGUUUUUCCUCCUCUUGACUACUCGCAGCAGCCUCCAGCUCAAGAAUUAAUUGCUAGGGAUCUUCAUGAUAAUGAAUGGAAAUUUAGACAUAUAUUUCGAGGCCAGCCCAAGAGGCAUCUUCUUACCACAGGAUGGAGUGUAUUUGUGAGUGCAAAGAGGCUUGUUGCUGGUGAUUCUGUCCUUUUCAUAUGGAAUGAAAAAAAUCAACUGCUCCUGGGUAUCCGCCGAGCAAAUCGUCCACAGACUGUCAUGCCUUCCUCAGUUUUGUCAAGUGAUAGCAUGCACAUUGGUCUUCUUGCUGCUGCAGCUCAUGCGGCUGCCACGAAUAGCCGCUUUACUAUAUUUUAUAACCCAAGGGCUAGUCCAUCAGAAUUUGUCAUACCAUUGGCCAAGUAUGUUAAAGCAGUCUAUCACACGCGGGUUUCUGUGGGCAUGCGAUUUAGAAUGCUGUUUGAAACAGAAGAGUCAAGUGUCCGACGAUACAUGGGUACUAUUACUGGAAUCAGUGACUUAAAUCCUGUUCGCUGGCAGAAUUCACAUUGGCGCUCUGUGAAGGUUGGAUGGGACGAAUCUACUGCAGGGGAGAGGCAGCCAAGAGUCUCCUUGUGGGAGAUUGAGCCAUUAACAACAUAUCCAAUGUAUCCAUCCUCAUUUCCCCUGAGAUUGAAGCGACCAUGGCCAUCAGGACUACCCUCUUUUCACGGUCUAAAAGAUGGUGAUAUAAGCAUCAGUUCCCCUCUGAUGUGGCUGCAAGGUGGGCUUGGAGAUCAGGGAAUUCAAUCAUUGAACUUCCAGGGGUUUGGGGUUACGCCCUUGAUGCAGCCAAGGUUUGAUUCUUCUAUAUUAGGUCCCCAACCCGAUGUAUACCAAGCGAUGGCAGCUGCUGCACUUCAGGAAAUGAGGACAGUGGAUCCUUCCAAAUGUUCUUCUCAAUCUCUUCUGCAGCUCCAGCAAUCUCAAAACGUUUCCAAUGGGCCUAAUUUGAUUCAGAGGCAGAUGUUACAGCAGCCCCAAUCUCAAAAUUCCUUUCUUCAGAGCUUUCAAGAAAAUCAGUUGCCCACUCAAGCUCAGCUUCUGCAACAACAAUUGCAGCAUUACCAACCAUAUAAUAAUCAGCGGCAGCAGCAGCAGCAGCUUCAACAGUCCCAGCAACUACACCAUUUGUCUGUCCAGCAGCAGAUCCCAAAUGUAAUUUCUGCUAUAUCUAAUUUUGCAUCAGCCACCCAGUCACAGACUCCAUCUCUGCAGUCCAUUCCUUCACAGUGCCAGCAGCAGUGCUUUCCUGACCCUGUUGGGAACCCUAUAUCCACAUCUGAUGUUUCCCCUAUACACAGUAUAUUAGGUUCAUUAUCCCAAGAUGGAGCAUCCUACUUACAUAAUUUGAAUGGAUCCAACCCUGCAAUAGCUUCUUCCUCCAUGUUACCCAAGAAAAUCGCAGUUGAACCUCAUCUUGCAUCUGGUGCUGCUCAGUGUGUACUGCCCCAAGUGGAACAAUUGGGAACACCACAGUCAAACGUCUCUGAGCUUGCCAGUUUGCCUCCAUUUCCUGGGAGGGAGUACUCUGGAUACCAAGGUGCUACUGAUCCACAGAGCAAUCUUUUGUUUGGGGUAAACAUUGAUUCCUCAUCACUUAUGCUGCAGAAUGGGAUGACAAACCUGAGAGAUAUUGGCAGUGAAAGUGAUUCUUUGUCUAUGCCAUUUUCUACUUCAAAUUUUACAAGUGCUACCGGCACUGACUUUCCACUAAAUUCGGAUAUUACAACUUCAAGUUGUGUAGAUGAAUCAGGGUUUUUGCAGUCUUCCGAAAAUGUGGAUCAAGUAAAUCCACCAUCCAGAACCUUUGUGAAGGUUCACAAGUCAGGGUCCUUUGGGAGGUCACUGGAGAUUUCCAAGUUCAGCAGCUAUGAUGAGCUGCGCAGUGAGCUCGCUCAUAUGUUUGGCCUUCAAGGCCAAUUAGAGGACCCACUGAGAUCAGGCUGGCAGCUUGUAUUUGUUGACCGGGAGAAUGAUGUUCUUCUCCUGGGUGAUGACCCUUGGCAGGAAUUUGUAAACAAUGUAUGGUAUAUAAAGAUAUUGUCUCCAGUAGAAGUGCGAAAUUUGGGCAAAGAAGGGAUCGAUCUUGCAACUUCUGCUCCAAGUCGCAAACUGUCCAAUAGUAGCAGCAGUUGUGAUGAUUAUGUGAGUCGUCAGGACUUGAGGAAUUCAAGCAAUGGGAUUGCGGCAAUGGGGUCUCUUGACUACUAAGGCGUAUGCUUCAAAUCAGAAAAUUAAGAAUUAGCUGCUAAAGAAUGUUUAACAAUAUCAUGUAUCGUUUUACUUGUACGGAUUAGUGGCAUUCUCAUAGACUUUUGUGGUUAGAGAGUUGUAGUACUUGGAGAAAGUCUAUCUAAAGCUUGUAUGUCAGCUUAUAACUGUAAAUUAUAAUAGGAGACUGUUCCCAGUCUACGGUCUACCACUGGAGUGUUUAGUUUAAGUGUAUUCAUAAGGAGAAUGAGAUCUUAAUGAUAGUAGUUUGCUUGUCAUCUUAUAUUGUAACUUAUAAGAUGAGAUUAAAAGACACAUCUUGACAUUUAAUCAAGCGUGAAGCUUUUAGUUUUGGCUCAUGGAUACCUGAAGGGUGGUCAUUCAAGACAAGUAAAGAUAUCAAAUUUCAUUUCUCUUA